GGAGGGAGAAAAGUGCCACAAAAGAAGCCAUGUGCAUCCUUGAAAAGGUUUUUUCCUCUAGAUCCUAUAUCUGUCCCAACUCCCAAGUUUACAUUCUUUCAGCUGAUUUCGAGACUUGUAUGGAAGGUGAUAGAAUUGGGACCUCUUUAGAACCUCGAAUUCCAUAA